UUGUGACAGGGACACUACUCUUAUUUACCGGAAGUGGAGAUUGUUUAUCUUUUAUUUCAACUCCUCUCCAACAUCUUGACACCGUCAAUAGCUUCUAGAUCUAGUUGACGAAUUGAAAAGGGUCGACUGACGGCUCUCAACAGAGCUCUGUCAAAGCACUACCUUGGACUUAAAUGAAAUAUGUCUGACAAGAAUGACGACGAUGCCCCACCGUCCUCCCCAACAGCUGGCUCUGCUUCCACAGAGAAUGCAGGAACAGACGGUAAAUCGCCAACUUCGGUUGACAGUCCGUCUGUAUCACCAGCUCCCGGAGCGACUGCGAGUACCAGCUCGAAGCUGAAAUCAAACAGCUUGAAAGUUGACAUCCUGUUGAAACCAGCAGGCGAUGCCCCCAUUAUGAAGAAGAAGAAAUGGACUGUUGAUAGGACAAAGAAGAUAUCUUGGGUAUCUGAUUUCAUCAAAAAGUACAUCAAAAGUGAAGCAUCAGAAUCGUUGUUUUUGUACGUGAAUCAAGCUUUUGCCCCUUCACCAGACACAGAUAUUGGAUCGAUAUUUGAUUGCUUUGGCAGUGAUGGAAAACUUGUGCUCCACUACUGCCGUACUCAGGCCUGGGGGUAAUUGUCGGUCAUCUUCCUUUUUCUCUUUCACCUUCCGUUGUCCUGGUGCUUCUGUAACGGACGAGCAUGAACCUGUGGACAUUCCAAGAUUCUGUGGAUCCAACUGUCAAAGUUUGUUCAUGGUCAAGCAGAAUCCUGCAACCUGAUGCGUGAUCCUAAUACUCUUACUGCUCCCAAAUAAUUUUGAAAAUAAUUUUCCAAAUGAUUUAAAUAAAAACCUUAAUCAAUUUGAAAAUCAUUUUCAGAAUAUUGAGAUUGAUAUAAUAAUUUUGAAAGUAAACAAUCUAAUUAUUGAAGAUAA